GUUGUUGGAAUGAAAAACUUUCAUUCGAGAUUCACAUCUGACUUUUCAGUCCCGUCAGCCCCACUGAGAUACCUCUUAAUUCCAUCCCAACCCCACUGGUCAUCGGAUAGGAGCGACUGUCACGUGACCUCCGCCUGAAUCUCUUCAUCUAUCGGCGCCGGUGCACGUGACGUGGCACGGCAGCAAUGGCUUCUAACUUCCUCGACAACUUCAAAAUUCCCGACUACAUUCUCGUACCGGGCUCCGAGCUUGAAAAUGUCGCUCACGUGCCUCCAUGUCCGGUGUUGGUUUUCGUUAACUCCAAGAGUGGCGGUCAGCUCGGAGGGAAUCUCUUGAAAACCUAUCGCAAUCUUCUUAAUCCCAAACAGGUUUUUGAUUUGGGGGAACAAGCUCCUGAUAAGGCUCUGAGAACAGUUUAUGCUAAUUUGGAAAGCCUCGGUGUGCGGGGUGAUCAGUUUGCCAAACGGAUCAAGGAGAAAUUGAAGUUAAUUGUUGCAGGGGGUGAUGGAACAGCAGGCUGGCUUCUUGGAGUUGUUUGUGAUCUCAAAUUAUCUCAUCCUCCGCCAAUAGCCACGGUGCCAUUGGGCACUGGGAAUAAUCUACCUUUUGCCUUUGGUUGGGGGAAGAAGAACCCACCUACAGAUGAAGGAUCAGUUGAGGCAUUUUUAGAUCAAGUCAUGAAAGCAAAGGAAAUGAAAAUAGACAACUGGCACAUUCUCAUGAGAAUGAGAGCUCCUAAAGAAGGUCCCUGCGAUCCAAUUCCACCACUUGAACUACCACAUUCUUUGCACGCCUUCCAUCGUGUAUCUGAAGCAGAUGAACUUAAUAUGGAAGGUCGCCACACGUUUCGUGGGGGAUUUUGGAAUUACUUCAGUAUGGGAAUGGAUGCUCAAGUGUCUUAUGCAUUUCAUUCAGAACGGAAGCAGAAUCCUGAAAAAUUCAAAAACCAGUUGAUUAAUCAGACUACUUAUGCAAAGCUUGGAUGCUCACAAGGAUGGUUUUUUGCUUCUCUAAGGCAUCCUGCUGACAGGAACAUAGCACAACUAGCAAAAGUAAAAUUCAUGAAAAGACAUGGUGAUUGGCAAGACCUAAUCAUACCACCCAGCAUAAGGUCGAUUGUAUGUCUUAACUUGCCCAGCUUUUCUGGUGGACUGAAUCCAUGGGGUACACCAAACAGGAGGAAGCAGAGUGAAAGAGAUUUGACACCACCAUUUGUAGAUGAUGGCCUUCUAGAGGUUGUUGGUUUUAGAAAUGCGUGGCAUGGGCUUGCUUUGUAUGCUCCAAAAGGACAUGGAACUCGUCUUGCUCAGGCACACAGAAUCCGAUUUGAGUUUUGCAAAGGUGCAGCAGAUCAUACAUUCAUGAGGAUUGACGGGGAACCUUGGAAGCAGCCUCUUCCAGUUGAUGAUGAUACUGUUGUGGUAGAGAUUUCUCACCGUGGCCAGGUUAACAUGCUAUCCACUCAUAAUUGCAAGUCUAAAAGUGUGUAUGAUCCUUCAUCACCACACCACGAUGAUGAGGAAGAUGACAGUGAUGAAGAAGAUUCUGUACCAGAGGAAUUUCGGAAGUUUGGUGCAGCCGAUACAUUCAGAAUCCCAGACGAGGUUGAAUUUUCUCAUCUUAGUUAGGCCCUUCAUUGUUAUGCGAUUCUAGUGUCAUGCGGUUGACAUUUCCUAUACUAAUUAGUAGUUAACCCCUUCCAAAUAUUUGUGGCUUGACUAGUUCCUAUCAAUGUGACAACCAAUAAUAAUAUGCUCUUUAGAAAUAUUGUGGCCGCCAACGUGAUAAUUGUAUUGAGACUACAAUAAUCGCAGUUGAAAUACAUAAAUUUCAACUAGACUCGAUGUAUGAGAGCUAGCUUUUGUUGGCUUGAGAUUGUUAAAAUAUUGAGAGUAGAAAGGUUGCUGUUCAGGUGUGAGUAUGGCGGCAUGUUCAUAUACUUCCAAAUAAAAAACAGAUUAAGGGGUG